ACCUCCUUGUUUCUGUGUCAUCAGGAUGUUUGGCAAGGAACUCAACUCUUAACUAUUGAUGUAGCAGCAGCGGUAGGGCUGCUCAGACGAGCCCUCAUGGGAGAUGAGCUUACAGAGAAAGAAAAGAAAGCUCUUCAGAGAACUAUAACUGACUUGGCAUCUGUAGUUCCUAUUGGAAUUCUCAUGCUUCUUCCUGUUACGGCAGUUGGGCAUGCAGCCAUACUGGCAGCCAUCCAAAGAUAUGUACCUGCUCUGAUUCCAUCGACAAAUGCACCGGAGAGGUUGGAUCUCUCGAGGCAGCUUGAGAAAGUGAAGGAGAUGGAGAUGGGCGAGACGAGCCCUGAGGAUGGUGCAGAGUUCAACAACAGACGGGCGUAGAGAAGCUCAUUCCACGUGUCGGGCACUCCCGGAAGGCACCAAUGGCUGCAGUCUUCCACAAGAGCAAUCCGCCUUGCAGUCUCCUGAUGAAUCGAAGGGUGGCCAUCUUUCCUAAACUCUGUAAGAUAUGUUAUAUUUAGGAACUCAACCUUUCUUUUUGAAUUCCUCAUCUCUUUGAUUGUUUCCGAAAUGAUUCGGUUAUUCCAUGACUCGGUUUCGAGUUCCAAAUAGUUGGUUUCCGGUGCCUUAAAAGAACUACAACUACCGUUGCCAUCC